CGAUUUCUGAUGUUUACCCAUUUUACGAUAGUUGCGUGAAAGUAAUGUUUUCUUAUCAGCGAGAUGGACCGUGGGCAGGCUUAACCAUCCUUACAGUGACACCACAAAUGAGGAAAAUAACAUUGAACUUGAUACAAACUAAACGAAUAACAGAAUGCUGUCAAAUUUAUGUUUGCAAGAAAAUAUUGAUGCAGUAGAACAAAAAGCGUCCGAAUUUGAUAGAUGUAAUGGGACUGUCCAAUGUGAAACGGAUUCUUGUCAUUUACGGGAUGAUGUACUGAUAAAGGAGGAAAUAGAACUUUCUUCGGUUUUAACAAUCAAUUCCUCAAACCAAAACAAGUGUCAGCUUUGUGACAAACAUUUCGUUUCGAAGCAUAAUCUCAAACGACACAACUUAUUACACGACCGCAAUCGAUGUUUUAGUUGCGAUAUCUGUGAGAAAAUUUUGUUUUCGAAGAGUCACCUAAUCACACAUAUGGUCGUCCAUGCUGGGGACAAACCGUACAAGUGUGAGACAUGCGGUAAAGCAUUUAGUAAUAAUUCUAGAUUGAAGUCUCACAAAAUUAUCCAUACCAACGAGCGACCAUUCGAAUGUACCACAUGCGGAAAACAUUUUGCGAUAAAGUCAAAACUAACCGAACACAUGUCGACUCACACGAAUGAGUAUAAGCAUAAAUGUGAUGUUUGCGGCAAAGGAUUCAUGUACCUAUCGUUUUUGAAAGACCAUGAAAACAUUCAUACAGGCGAGCGGCCAUACAAAUGCGUCGUUUGUCACACAGGAUUUCGAUGCAAAGCAUAUCUUGCUCAGCACAUGCGCCGUCACACGGGUGAGCGAAAGUUCAAAUGCACGGUAUGUGGAAAGGAUUUUGUCAGCAGUUCUCACCUAGUCAACCACAUGCGUAUCCACAGGGGUGAGUACCGUUAUACGUGUAAUGUGUGUGGCAAAGGAUUCUAUCAUCGAGCGAAAUGUUCGAACCAUGAACGCAUUCAUGCGGGCAAAACGUGUAAAUGUGUCAUAUGUGAAAAAGAUUUCACUAGUAAUGAUUAUCUAACGCAGCACAUGCGUUUUCAUACUGGUGAUAGCCGGCAUAAAUGUGAUGUGUGUGGCAAAGUGUUUAUUAAAUCUUCACACUUAACGACGCAUAAACGGAUUCAUUCCAGUGAGGAACCCUUCCGAUGUACCGUGUGUGACAAAGACUUCAAACAAGAGCCGAGCCUCGUAGCACACAUGCGUGUCCAUACAGACGAGCGGCCGUAUAAAUGCGCCAUAUGCGAACAAGAUUUUAAUAGCAAUUAUCGAUUGAUGACGCACAUGGCCAAUGCUCACGAGAGUGAUUAUCGGCAUAAAUGUCAUGUGUGUGGCAAAGGAUUUAAUGAUCUUUCGAACUUGAAGAAGCACGAGCGUAUUCAUUCAGACGAGAGACCUUUCGGAUGCACCGUGUGCACUAAAAAAUUCAAACAAGAGCACAUUCUUGUCAGACACAUGCAUCUUCACACCGGCGAGCGUCCUCACAAAUGCACUGUAUGUGGGAAAGAUUUUGCCGCUAAAUAUUAUCUGAAUAAACACGCGUCUGUUCACAAGGGUGAUAAGUCGGCAUAGGUGUGUGAUGUUGUGAGGCAAAGAACUCUCGUAUGAGAUAAAGCUUGAAGGAAUGCAACCAUAUUCGGUACUCAGUGGAACAUUAAACUCACAAGACUAAAAUCAGAUAAUUUUACAUUCACAUUUCACAGUUAAAAGAAUUUCUGGAAUAUUUAGAAGUAGCAUACUUUUUAGGACGCAUCAAAAACAAGCGUGCGACAGCGCAGUGGUCAAAUUACAAUUAUUGAAAAUUUACCCCCAACAAUAUAUCAGCUUGAAGCAUUCGGUGACAAACAAUUAAAAACUUUUGAUUGUUAAGUACCAGUCUUUCAACAAUAAUUUUGUUGAAAGUAUCACUUUAUUUCUUAUAAGCAAAAAUAAGAGA